AUGCUGCAGAAUAUGUACUUGAGAGGCUGGCGGGUCAACUCCACCAUCAAAGCUCAUGAUACAAGACAAUUUCUGGUUGCGGAGGUCCACUAUGUAAAAGAAGUCAAAAAAGGAAAGGAAAGGAAGAUUGUCAGAAAGCAAAGGGAGAAGAGAGUUGGGCUCAAGGACGUGCGUCAGAAAUCACAUGCAAAACUUGUGAAUCACCAUUGCAUUCAGACAACAGACCAAGUGACUCGCUGCUCUAUUGUACUCCUUGAGGCAAAAGCUACUUCAGUGGCUUGUGAUGGCUACAAUACAGCCACAGGAACAUCUCCAAACGCCAGUCUUGACAAUGAUUACACCAACCUGACUCAAAUAUCGAGUACAAAUACGACUCACAGCGACCAAACGAUUCUCCCUACGACUCCUGUAACUCUUCCUGCAGAUAUGGAAGAUACGCGCAACAUGCAUACACCAGCCAGUCCAAAGACAAAGUCUCGGUCUCGAGCAUCAUCUACUUCACAACGAGCACGACAUACCCGCUCAACCUCAUCCAGUACAGCAGGACAUUCUUCAUCGGGGCGACGUCCAACGCAUAGUCGUCGAACAACCUCGCAGAGUCUUCAGCAACAGCCACCACCCAGUCUGCAAUCACGCGGAAGUAUGAAUGGGAGCAUGUCACCGCAGCGCCGCGAGCAACUCAUCGCCUUGCAUCGAGAGAGUUGUCGCCUGUUCCAAGAUCCUAGUACACCGGUUGAUACACUCAUACGAUCAGAUACACGCUCAACGGCAAUAAUAUCACCGGGAGCAUCACCGACCCUGCAAUCUCAACGUUCGCAUUCAUUCCCCCUGGGAUACGACCACGACAUUUCCGACGAAGAUCUCCUUCCCUCUCCUAGGCAUCUUAAUCGUACCAACACGGACAAAAUUACCCCAACCCCAGAUCUACCUCCUCAGCAGGUAAUGAUACCGCCGACAGUAACAGAAUGGACGUCCCCCAGCACCCGUCGUCGCGAAUACGAAAAAAUCGAUCGCAACAAUCGAGGGUUUCGACGGAUAUGGCGUCGCUGGACGCCUAGUUGUAUGCACUCCACGGAUGGACGGGUUCCAUUUUAUGAGGAGGCGCCGAACGGUAAGAAUUAUGAGGGAAGUGUGAGGAGAUUUCGGAUGGAUAUUCCUGAUGAUGUCGACGACGGUGAAGUCGUCGAUCAAAAGAAUGAGAAAGGGGCGGAGAUAAAUUCUACAAAGGGAAUGACGGCAGGACCAAAACUUGAGAAGGGGAGAUGGUCUUGUUUUUGA